GAGACCACGGCCAGCCGGCCGGGGAAAGCCUUUUCUCUUCCUCUCUCUCCUCCCUCUCUGUGUGUGAGAGAGAGAGGGAGAGAGGAAUCAGGGGGAGGAGGAGGUGGCCAUAAUUCUUGCGAGCUCGGGCAAGAUCAUAAGGGAAAGACAAAAAGGCCGAAAGGCGAAUCAUGCUGCCACAUGCCACACCCUAUACAAAAGCUAGCCCUAGACACACCAGCAGAAGCAUCCAUCUCACUCGAUCGCCCACGCAAACUCACACCACACCACCGUAGCUAGACUAGAACCACAACUAGAACUUAGAAGAACUAGAUCGAUCCCGCACAAACGGCUUCGAUCGUGCUGCGAGCUCCUCCGGAUCGAUCGAUCGGCCGAUGGGUGCUCACGGAGAUCGCCGCCGCCACCGCCGCGAAGAGGUGGGGGUGCUAUUGGACGAAGAGGAGGAGGAGCUCGAGCACCACGCCAGGGCUUGCGGCGGCGCCACGAGUGGGCUGGUGGAUCAAGAAUUGGGUGGCUGCCAAGAAGGUGGAGGGGGCAUGGUGUUUGAAGCGAGCAGUAGCGUGGGCAGCGUGAGUGCGACCAUGGGCCCGCCCCCGAUCAUGUGCUGGCCGCCGCUGGCCCCGUCGCUGUCGCCGCAGGAGCCACUCCACGGCGCGAUCCACCACCACCACAACAUAGGCAUCGGCGGCCAGGGCCCCUUCUUCCCGUUGCUCCCGCCGCUGCCUCAGCAGCCUCCGCCGCCGCCGCCCUUCUUGGCCGACUUCUACGCCCGGCGCGCGCUCCAGUUCGCCUACGACCACUCGGGCGGUGCGUCGUCCUCGUCCGAGCCGCUCGGCUUCGGCGCCGGGCUCUACAUGGGGCACCACGGCUCCCCCGUCCACGGGAUGAUGAUGCCGCCGCCCUUCGGGGCGUCGCCGUUCGGCGACUUCGGCCGGAUGACCGCACAGGAGAUCAUGGACGCCAAGGCGCUGGCCGCGUCCAAGAGCCACAGCGAGGCCGAGCGUCGCCGCCGGGAGCGCAUCAACUCGCACCUCGCCCGCCUCCGCAGCCUCCUCCCCAACACAACCAAGACGGACAAGGCGUCGCUGCUGGCGGAGGUGAUCCAGCACGUCAAGGAGCUCAAGCGGCAGACGUCGGAGAUCAGGGAGGAGGCCUGCCCGCUCCCCACCGAGGCCGACGAGCUCACCGUCGACGCCUCCAGCGACGAGGACGGCCGCCUGCUCGUGCGCGCCUCGCUCUGCUGCGACGACCGCCCCGACCUCCUGCCGGACCUCAUCCGCGCGCUCAAGGCGCUCCGCCUGCGCGCGCUCAAGGCCGAGAUCACCACCCUCGGCGGCCGCGUCAAGAACGUGCUCGUCGUCACCGAGGACGACAGCAUCGCGUGCGACGGGGACCAGCAGGACGAGGACGGCGGGAUGCAGGCGCCCAUGUCGCCGCAGCACGCCGUCGCGUCCAUCCAGGAGGCGCUCAGAGCGGUCAUGGAGCGCACGUCGUCCUCGUCCGGCGCCGAGGACUCCGGGGGCUCCGCCAGCGGCGGGCUCAAGCGGCAGCGCACCACCAGCCUCUCGGCGAUCCUAGAGAACAGGUCCAUCUAGGCUAAUUAACAUCCACGUACGUACGUACGUGAUGAUCUAUCUAUCAGCUGAUGUGCAAAACGGAACGAAACGAAACGAAACGGAAGGAAACAACAGUUAAACACAACGUACAUGCACCACAGUAUCCCAUAGUUGAUGACAGUAAUACCGUUCAACUAGCUAGCUUAGCUACUAGUUUUGGGUCAUAAUAUCUUCUCCAGAGUGUUACUGUUUUUCACCUCUUCUCGUCUAGGUUUCUCCCCAUUGAUUUAUAUACUAGUGUUUCUUUUGUUU